CCUCUCGCCACCGCCCCCCUUCAAUGCACAGGCGCACUAACUUUCACAAGGCCGCCAUUUUGUGCGGAGCCCACUCUGCAAAAGCGGGAGAGGAUUAAAACCGCAGGAGAAGAAGGGCGCAAUUCUCAGCCAUCUCGAUCUGAUUGAAGAACAUACUCUGGGCUUUCUGUCGAAUUCAGUGAGGAAUUAAACGACGUAGAGCAGGUGUUACCGAUGGACGGAGCACCAACAGAUGUUGUGGUUGAGGCCAAGGACUUCACCUAUGAGGGGGAGGAGGUGGUGGCAGACCUGCUCCAGCAAGCAGCAGAAGGGGUGAUGGACCAGCAGCCAGAGGGAGUUGCUGGUCUGGAUACCCAGCAGCUGGUGGAGGGAGUCAAUGUGGAGAUGAUGGUAAUGGACUCCCUGGACCCGGCCCUGCUGCAGUUGAAGACUGAGGUGAUGGAUGCCCCUGUGGCUACAGCCCACGAGGCCACGGUCACCACGGUGGAUGAGACCCAGAUCAUCACUCUGCAGGUUGUCAACAUGGAUGAGCAGCAGCUGGGGGGCCUCAGGGAGCUACAGCUGGUCCAGGUCCCUGUCUCUGCUGUCCCUGUCACCCAGGCCACUGUAGAGGCGCUACAGGGCACCUUCGUGGACACCACGGCCAUGCCCAAAGACGGAAACCCUGUUAUCUGCCACACCCUGCCCCUGCCAGAGGGAUUCCAGGUGGUGAAGGUGGGUGCGAAUGGUGAGGUGGAAACAGUGGAGCAGGAUGAGCUCCAGCACCAAGAGGAACAGCAGGUCCAGCCUGAGGAGGAGGAGGAGGAGCUGCAGUGUGAGCCCCAGCCUGAAGAACCACAAUGGUCCAAGGACCCCGACUACCAGCCCCCUGCCAAGAAGACCAUCAAGAAGGCAAAAAAGAGCACGCUGCGCUACAACACAGAGGGGGAUAAAGACAACAUGGACGUGUCUGUGUAUGAUUUUGAGGAGGAGCAGCAGGAAGGGAUGCUCUCUGAGGUCAACGCAGAGAAGGUGGUGGGCAACAUGAAACCCCCCAAACCCACCAAAAUUAAGAAGAAGGGUGUGAAGAAAACAUUCCAGUGUGAGCUGUGUAGCUACACCUGUCCCCGCCGCUCCAACUUGGACCGACACAUGAAAAGUCACACAGAUGAGAGGCCCCACAAGUGCCAUCUGUGUGGAAGGGCCUUCAGGACUGUUACCCUGCUAAGGAACCACCUCAACACACACACAGGUACCAGACCACACAAGUGUCAAGAUUGUGACAUGGCCUUCGUGACCAGUGGAGAGCUGGUCCGACAUCGUCGCUACAAGCACACUCAUGAGAAACCCUUCAAGUGCUCCAUGUGUGACUAUGCCAGUGUAGAGGUGAGCAAGCUAAAGCGGCACAUCCGUUCCCACACUGGGGAGCGUCCGUUCCAGUGCAGUCUGUGCAGCUACGCCAGCAGAGACACCUACAAGCUGAAGAGACACAUGAGGACACACUCGGGAGAGAAGCCGUACGAGUGCUAUAUUUGCCACGCCCGUUUCACCCAGAGUGGAACCAUGAAGAUGCACAUCCUGCAGAAGCACACAGAGAACGUGGCUAAGUUCCACUGCCCCCACUGUGACACAGUCAUCGCCCGAAAGAGUGACCUGGGUGUCCACCUGCGAAAACAGCACUCGUUCAUUGAGCAGGGCAGGAAAUGUCGUUACUGUGAUGCUGUGUUCCACGAGCGCUAUGCACUCAUCCAGCACCAGAAGUCCCACAAGAACGAGAAACGCUUCAAGUGUGACCAGUGUGAUUACUGCUGCAGACAGGAGCGCCACAUGCUGAUGCACAGGCGCACCCACACAGGAGAGAAGCCUUACGCCUGUAGCCAGUGUGAGAAGACCUUCCGUCAGAAGCAGCUCCUGGACAUGCACUUCCGGCGUUACCAUGACCCCAACUUUGUGCCCACCGCCUUUGUGUGCACCAAGUGUGGCAAGGCCUUCACCCGCAGGAACACCAUGGCCAGACAUGCAGAGAACUGUAACGGGGAUCCUAGUGAAGGAGAGAACGGAUCCCCACCCAAGAGGGGACGAGGUGGGAGGAAGAGGAAGAUGCGCUCAAGGAAGGACGAAGACGAUGAUGAUGACGAUGACGACAGUGAGGACAAUGCUGAUCCUGAGCUGGAUGACAUUGAUGAAGAGGAUGAGGAGGCUGAGGAAGCACUGCUGGAGGAAGAGGAGGAGGAGGAGGAGAUGAUGGAGUUGGAGCAGGCUCCACCCACCAAACCUAUUCCUGCCCCUGUAGAGCCACCUGUCAAGAGGAAACGCGGCAGACCUCCCAAGAAUAUUCCCAAACCCUCCCCUCCCGCCAAAGCCAGCAAGGCUGCCCCCAAAAGCAAGGCUGCUGCAGCUGCAGCCGUCAUCCAGGUGGAGGAUGAGAAUACCGGCGCCAUAGAGAACAUCAUAGUGAAGAAGGAGCAAGAGGCUGAGCAGGCUGCCCCAGAGGUGGUGGUGGAGCAACCAGAGGAGGCAGGGGUGGAGACGGUGGAGCUGCCUGUAGCAGACGCUGCCCCCAACGGAGACCUCACCCCUGAGAUGAUCCUCAGCAUGAUGGACCGGUGAUCUAGCCCACACAGACUGCUCAAAGACAUCCCCUUGUCUCAACCUUUCCCUUCAACAAGUCUACCCUCUUCAUACGAUCUGCCAUCUUACAAACCACUCUGCUUUACACUUUUGGUUUUUGUCUUAAACUAAUCGGUGUGUUUUCUUAUCACUCUCAAACCCACUUCCUUCCAUGCAUUCACUGUAACAGUUUAAGUUCUAGCUGCUUGGUCUGUAGAAAUGUAGAUCUUUUUUUGUGGGAGGAAUGUUGUAGAAACGUGUAAUAAUGAAUCCCUUCAUGGAGGGAUGGUAGCUGAGGUUUGACACGUGGACAUUUUCUCUUUUUUCCCUCCAACUAAUAAACUAUUUUCUUAACCUGUUUGUGAGCUUGACAUGGCAACAGUGAGUGCCAGUAAUUUCAGCCUUGUUAUCUAGGACCUCUGCGGUAGACUAAAACUAUUACUUUCACUGUCAAAGGAAGUCCUUCCAUUUUUUAACACUUUAUUCACUGCAUAUUACAUUUUACUUACUGUUAUACUUGUCACAUUAUGGAGUUUGUAGAGGCUUUUACAUUAACUACUAUAAUCGGGGACAGUGACAUGCAUCGACCCACAAAGUUUUUAAGACUGCAGUUAUGUUGUACAAACGGUCAUCGGCUGGUUUUGCCUGUAAAUACUUUUUUAGUUUUAUUACAAACAUAUUUGAAUCUUUUUCUAGUGAUCUAAAAAACUUUAAUGCUGGGAGAAAGGAACUAUUAACCAUAGCUGUUUGGAACACAGGCAGUAUGGAGAUUUCUAAUCUCUUACAUGGGAGGCUUUGCCCACCCUGUAAAUCAUGUUGGAGAUAUGAUCUUUCCAGUUUUGAGCUUUUUAGCCUGAAUAUCUACUGUUCUUUUUGGAGGUAUAGAGGUUGGAAGCUUUACUCACUCUUAACCUACCUAACAUCUCGACCGCAUGGACUAAUGUUAGAGGUUUUGAAAGAUGACCAUGUACGUCUUGUUUUGCUUUUCAAGAUAAGGUAGAGAGAUUGGGAUGUAAAUUGCGCCCAUGUUCUGGAAAGCUAGAAUCUAGUUGUGUGUUAAACUGUAAAGGAGGGAGGUGUCCACUUGAACUAGCUUCAGGUCUUAACUGUAAAGGAAAGAUUAUUAAGGCUUUGGUAAUCUUGUGAAGCAGAACCUUUCUCCCAGUUCACUGUUCAUUUCUCAAACCAUUUUGUCCUAAUGGUGCAGUUGUGUUGUGGGAUGUAUACAGACGCGGUCAGAGGGCCUUGUGGAAUUCUGAUUAGGAGGUUCAAAAAGGGGAGAAGAGAACUAUAAGGGAAAGAUAUUUUGUAUAAAGGUUGUUAGUCGUUUCAGAGAACAAUGUUCUUUCUUUCGUAGACCAUUUGACGCUGAUACAACAUGAAGCUUCCUUCUAUAUGUAAUUGCAUUUAAAUUGCUUUUGUCAAGCUCUUAAAAAUUAUAGGUUGAUGCAUUUUUGUACCUGGCUGUACUGUGUGAAUUUUACAAUGAUCUGAAAACCAACAUAAAUACAUGUAUUGUUGGGUUGAGAGGGCAUGUUGGUAUGCGGAAUGUCUUACUGUACAGCUAAUAAAAAGAUAUUGGCCUA